CGUUAUUUUCAUCAUUCCCUAAGACUUCUUCGAAUUAUUAGAAAUUUUUAAAAAUGUCUGGACAACUUGUUCCUCUCACCGUCGUCAAGGGUGCCGGCUCUGAGCACAUUCCCCUCCCCAAUGGGGAGAACGCAACCGUGGCAGACUUCCACUCUAUCCGGACCCAGACCAAGGACUCGCCCUCCUAUUUCACUUCCGGAUUCUACAAGAUCGUUGCUGGCCCUUCGCGACCCGCUCAUUACAACUUCGAGGAGACCAAGUACAUCCUGAGCGGCCAGAUUGAUAUCUUGGACGAGGCCACCGGCAUCCAGCAUCACUUGGUCCCUGGUGACUUUGCCUUCUUCCACGUCGGAUCUAAGGUUCAGUUCUCCACCAAGUCUGAGGGGUUCGCUUUCUACGCGGUCACUCGACCAGUCAAGACUCCCCACCCUAACCUCCAGGGUCGCGAGGAGAGCACCAAGUCGCGAUUGUAAUGAUAUGAUGAAUGUAAUAAAAAAGGUCGAAAUAUGAUACCAAG